AUGAACAACGCGCAAGAUAUGUCGCCCGAUUUUGUCUUGAUGCGCCUGGUCUCCGCGGCCGAAGAUGACCGCCUGGACGAGGAAAACGGUAAUUUGUCGUCGGGCGGAGUGGUGGGAGGACUGGGUAAGGAGAUCUUGGCUCACAGCGGCAUAAAAGGAGACCCGUCGACAGGCCUCCCCCAUACGGUGAACAAUGCCCAGCCGAGCGGCGGGUUAACGGCUGCACCUGACACCGCAGCGAUGGCGACCGGAGCGUCGCUGUCCGGUACUCCUCAUCCUCCUCCUCCUAAUCCUCCUCAACUGAGCGCUCCGGAGGCCCAGGGCUUCGAGUUCGCUCCCAGAGGCGGCCUACGGCCUCAGCUUCUGGUGUUUCCCAAUUUAAUGCGGGACGCUGAUGGGCUUUUGGACCGCGAAUCGGACCGAGGGAAUCAGGACAAAAUCCCGGGCUCGACCUCCUCUAACACGAGCCUGCCUUUGCCUUUCAAUAACAACGUUGUUCUGAGCCCCGGCGGAGCGCAACAGCAGAACCGCUUGGACCAGACCUGGAAUAUGGGGCUGCUCCCCCAGGUGGUGGCCGGGGAGAUGGAGGGGGGUGCGGAUGUAUGUCGCCGACACCGUCUGAUCACCUCCCCUCCGGAGUGGCCCUUGUUGUCGGAUAAAUCCGGUCCUCUGGUAACCAUGGAGUCCAAAUGGAGCUGCGCGGCGGGGGACCGGGAGGGAGCCGUCUUCGAACUGGCCCGUCGGUUCGGAGAGCUCGGGGUCAGCGCGGUCCCGAAAAUGUUGUUCAAAAAUGGGGAGCUGGCGCAGUGUUCGUGUCAGGGGCCGGCGGGAGCGGGGAUGGAGCCCGGAGACGACCCGACCGAAACCAGCGACGCCUUGUUAGUGCUGGAAGGUUUAGGGGGCGGGGAUGUCGCCAGCCUGGGCAUAGCGGGGGAAUGCCCGGAGGACGCGACAGAUGACGAGAAUGGACGCCGUGCGUUUUUGCUCAACAGAAAGAGGGAGAUAGUUCAAAAAAUGUCCGGGGCUUUCUCCCUUGGCAGCUUUCAGGCGGAGCUGAGCAGGCAGCAGGUGGAGGUGAUGGGCCGGGAGCCGCGGGCGGCAGCGGCGGCGGCGCUCAUGGACACUCAGGUGUGUGGCGUCCACGGAAACGUGAACGACCGCAGCUCUCAUGUCGCCGUGGGAGAUGUCGGGGUACUUCUCAGGGACCCGGACGUCUCGUCGCUGUCACCGACGCCUUUACAGAGUUGUACCAGGGCGGCCAGCCCGAACCCCAGCCGGGCAUCCACCCCUCGGCGGCGGCCCGAGCGGUGCGCCAGCGCGCCGCGGACGCCCACGGACCGCGGAGGCGGCGUGGACAAAACGCUCAAGAUCCCCGCCAAGCCCAGAAAGGGGUCGUUAAAGAAUCGCUUGAGUAAACUUUUCCGGACUAAGAGCUGCAGCGGCUCCAAGCAUCUGCUUGACAAGAGGCCCUCGGUGACCUGUUCGGUCUCUUCCGCCGGAAGUCUGAUGGAUGUGGCCAGCACAGGUGGUGCUGAACAGGACGUAGACAGCCAGCCUCGACUGACCAGGGCCCAUAGUGCCUUCUCCCCCACAUCCCUCUCUGCCUUCACCGGUGAGACCGUUUCCCUCUUGGAUGUGGACAUUUCCCAGCGAGGCAUGAACACGCCACAUCCGCCGACACCUCCGCCUCCCCCACGCCGAAGUCUCAGUCUGCUAGAUGACAUAGGUGGGCCGCAGCCUGGGCCUUUCUUAGUGAGUGUCAUGGGGGCGUCCCUGCAGUCCCUCCCCCUGCCUCUUCCCCCUCCUCCCUCCUCCCACACCACCAUUCAGCACAGUCUCAGCCUCAAUGAUGCGUUCCUCCGGGCCUUGCCUCAUGCGAACCUAAUGCAGGCGGACACCCAGCCCCCAGCCAGGCUGGCCCCGCCCUCAACGCUCUGCCCUUUGCGGAGGCCCGACGCCAGCAACUUCACUGCCAGUCUGAGAGAGCUGGAGAAGUGCGGUUGGUACUGGGGUCCUAUGAACUGGGAGGAUGCUGAGAUGAAGCUGAAGGGGAAACCAGAUGGUUCCUUUCUUGUCCGGGACAGUUCUGAUCCGAGAUACAUCCUAAGCCUGAGCUUCAGGUCCCAGGGAGUCACACAUCACACACGUAUGGAGCACUACAGGGGGACUUUCAGCUUGUGGUGUCAUCCUAAAUUUGAGGACCGCUGCCACUCAGUAGUGGAGUUCAUUGAGCGAGCCAUCAUGCAUUCCAAGAAUGGCAAAUUCCUCUACUUCCUCCGAUCCAGAGUGCCAGGGCUCCCACCGACCCCCGUGCAGUUGCUGUACCCUGUUUCUCGCUUCAGUAAUGUCAAGACCCUGCAGCAUCUCUGUCGCUUCUGCAUCCGGCAGAUGGUUCGCAUCGAUCACAUCCAGGAGCUUCCGCUGCCCAAACCGCUGAUCUCCUAUCUGAGGAAGUUCUAUUACUAUGACCCUGAGGAGGAGAUGUACUUGUCAAUCAAGAGCAUCCGUCUGGGGGCGGGACCAGAGCAGCAGGCAGAGUCUCAGACGUAG